GCCCCCUUCCCCGUGCCUGUAGUCGCGGCUGUGGUUGCAGUCGCCUCCACAGCUUUCCCGUGCGUGGGGACCAGCCUCCCCCUGGCAUCGUUCGGUUUCUCCUGUUGUCUUCACUAAGGAUGAGUCCCUGCGCUACUGUGUGUCCGUCUCGCGGAGACCACCGGCGUACUUUCAUCUAGCGACUGGUCACCCUUGCAAUUAUGGAUAUUUAAAAGGACCAGACAGUGUGGAGGGGGGAGUUCCCCUCCUCACUCCCCCUUGGUGCUUGACUCCAGGAAUAAUUUAUAAACUGUGGAAAGUUUUUUUUUUUUAAUAAAGAACUUGUAUUUGAUAUAAACUUUAUAGAGCUAUUUAUAAUUUUUUGAUUAAAGUGCCAAAAUAAAUUGUAUAAAGGUAUAUAGUUUUAUACUACCACCGUGAGGGUUUAAAUUAUAAUCCUAAAAGGUCAUUUAUUCUCUAUAAAUCUUUCUGAAUAGCACCGUUUUGUCUUGGCUUUUUCAUUUUUAAAAAUUAGUCUUAACGGACUAUCUUGAACUAAAAUUAAGCAGUCUAAAAACAAUUAGGAUGAAUUCUUCCAUCCCUGACUGUACAUCAAAGUGUCGAUCCCUGAAACAUGCUUUGGAUGUCCUUUCUGUGGUAACAAAGGGGAAUGAAAACCAGAUAAAGGCCUUUCUCUCCAGUUAUUGUUACAAUGCUGCAACUAUCAAAGAUGCCUUUGGCAGAAACGCUCUCCACCUUGUUUCCUCCUGUGGAAAGAAAGGAGUAUUAGAUUGGCUUAUUGAAAAAGGAGUGGAUCUGCUGGUGAAAGACAAGGAAUCAGGAUGGACAGCUUUGCACAGAAGCAUUUUUUAUGGACAUAUUGAUUGUGUUUGGUCUCUGUUGAAGCAUGGUGUUAGUCUGUAUAUUCAAGACAAAGAAGGCUUGUCAGCUUUGGAUCUUGUAAUGAAGGAUAGACCAACUCAUGUAGUAUUCAAAACUACUGAUCCUACAGAUGUCUACACUUGGGGAGAUAAUACAAAUUUCACCCUGGGUCAUGGAAGCCAGAAUAGCAAACACCAUCCAGAAUUGGUGGAUCUGUUCUCCAGGAGUGGGGUUUAUAUCAAGCAGGUGGUGCUUUGUAAAUUUCACUCAGUAUUUCUGUCUCAGAAAGGGCAGGUUUAUACCUGUGGUCAUGGUCCUGGAGGACGUUUAGGCCAUGGAGAUGAACAGACAUGCUUGAUCCCUAGGCUUGUGGAAGGACUGAGUGGUCAUAAUUGUUCCCAGGUGGCAGCUGCAAAGGAUCAUACUGUUGUACUGACUGAAGAUGGAUGUGUUUAUACAUUUGGACUAAAUAUUUUUCAUCAAUUAGGAAUUAUUCCUCCACCUUCCAGUUGCAAUGUACCCAGACAGAUGCAGGCAAAAUAUCUGAAAGGAAGGACAGUCAUUGGAGUAGCAGCAGGCAGGUUUCAUACAGUGCUAUGGACUAGAGAAGCUGUUUACACUAUGGGACUAAAUGGUGGACAACUGGGUUAUUUGCCAGAUCCCAAUGGAGAAAAGUAUGUAACUGCUCCUCGUCAGGUCUCUGCCCUUCAUCAUAAGGAUAUCACUUUGUCUUUGGUUGCUGCAAGUGAUGGGGCCACAGUCUGUGUUACCACGAGGGGAGAUAUUUACUUACUUACAGACUAUCAGUGCAAAAAGAUGGCUUCUAAGCAACUAAACUUGAAAAAAGUUCUUGUUUCUGGGGGGCGUAUGGAAUACAAGGUUGAUCCUGAAAAUUUGAAGGAAAAUGGAGGUCAGAAAAUCUGCAUUCUUGCAAUGGAUGGAGCUGGAAGGGUAUUUUGCUGGAGAUCAGUCAGCAGUUCCCUGAAGCAGUGUCGAUGGGCCUAUCCACGCCAGGUGUUCAUUUCUGAUAUUGCUUUAAACAGAAAAGACAUUUUAUUUGUCACACAGGAUGGAGAAGGAUUUAAAGGGAAGUGGUUUGAAGAAAAAAGAAAGAAUUCUGAAAAGAAAGCAGAGAUUUUAUCAAAUCUUCAUAAUUCCUCAUCAGAUGUGUCUUGUGUCUCUGAUAUAAAUAGUGUGUAUGAAAGAAUUCGACUUGAGAAACUUACUUUUGCCCAUAGAGCUGUUAGUGUCAGCACAGAUCCAAGUGGAUGCAACUUUGCAAUCCUGCAGUCAGAUCCUAAAACAAGCCUUUAUGAAAUUCCAGCUGUAUCUUCAUCAUCCUUUUUUGAAGAGUUUGGCAAACUGUUAAGGGAAACAGAUGAAACGGACAACAUACAUGAUGUGACAUUUCAAGUUGGCAAUAGAAUCUUCCCUGCACAUAAAUAUAUUUUGGCAGUGCAUUCUGACUUUUUUCAAAAAUUGUUUCUUUCAGAUGGGACUACUUUAGACUUUGCAGAUGUUUACCGGAAAGAUGAAGAUUCUGCAGGAUGCCAUCUCUUUGUGAUAGAGAAGGUUCAUCCUGACUUGUUUGAGUACCUUUUACAAUUUAUAUACACAGAUACUUGUGACUUUUUACUUCAUGGCUUCACACCAAGAAUGAACUUAAACAAAAAACCAGAAGAAUAUCAGGGCGCUCUGAAUUCUCAUUCAAAUAAAAUGAAUUGCCAUGAAGAUAAUCAGAAGUCAGCAUUUGAAGUUUACAGAAGUAAUCAAGCUCACACAGUUAAUGAAAAGCAGAAAAGCAAACCUAAAUCUUCCAAUAAAGGGAAAAGUAUUGGGGAAGAUGAUCCUGUAAGAAUGUUGCAAAAUGUUGCAAAGAAAUUUGGUUUCAGUAAUUUGAGUAGUAGGUUAGAUGGAGUCAGAUUUGAAAAUGGAAAAAUUAAUGUUAUUGAGAAGAAAACUGGUAACAAAUCAAAGCUAAAUCAGAAGAAAUGUUCGUUUCUAUGUGAUGUGACCAUGAAAUCAGUGGAUGGAAAGGAAUUUCCUUGUCAUAAGUGUGUUCUUUGUGCCAGACUUGAAUAUUUUCAUAGUAUGCUGAGUAGUUCAUGGAUUGAGGCUUCCACUUGUACAGCUCUGGAAAUGCCAAUACAUUCUGACAUACUGAAAGUUAUUUUGGACUACCUCUAUACUGAUGAAGCUGUGGUGAUAAAAGAAUCUCAAAAUGUGGAUUUUAUUUGUAGUGUUCUUGUGGUGGCUGAUCAGCUUCUCAUAACUCGAUUGAAAGGGAUUUGUGAAGUUGCAUUAACUGAGAAACUUACCCUUAAGAAUGCUGCUAUGUUACUGGAAUUUGCAGCAAUGUACAAUGCUGAACAAUUGAAACUGUCUUGUUUACAGUUUAUAGGACUGAAUAUGGCCGCUUUACUUGAAGCAAGGUCUCUUGAUGUUUUAAGUGAUGGUGUUUUGAAGGAUCUUUCUGUGUUUUAUAGAAAAAUGAUUCCAGCAAUGGAUAGAAGAGUCAUUACACCAUAUCAGGAUGGACCAGAUAUUAGCUAUUUGGAAGUAGAAGAUGGAGAUAUCUUUUUGAAAGAAGACAUAAAUACGGAACAGAAUUAUUCGGAAAGUAUGUUCAAGAAGGCAAAAACAAGAGCAAAAAAGAAGACACGUAAGCGUUCAGAUAGUUCUGGAGGUUAUAACCUUUCAGACGUUAUUCAGAGUCCACCAUCUACAGGAUUAUUAAAAUCUGGUAAGACCAAUUCUGUGGAAUCUCUUCCAGAACUGCUGACAUCAGAUUCUGAAGGAAGCUAUGCAGGAGUGGGUAGUCCUAGAGAUUUACAUUCCCCAGAUUUCACAGCAGGAUUUCAGUCAGAUAAAAUUGAGGGGAAAAUUAAACCAUAUCUUAAUGGUACACCUUCUGCAUAUUCUAGGGAAGAUUUAAAACCAUGGGAAAAAUCACCAAUACUUAACAUAUCUGCUCCACAGACCAUUCCCAGUAACAAAAUUGAUACUACAAGCUCUUCCAGUUGGGUUGCUGGCUCUUUCAGUCCUGUCAGCCCUCCUGUCAUGGAUCUCCGAACCAUCAUGCAAAUUGAAGAAAAUAGACAAAAAUGUGGAGCUACACCAAAGACAAAUUUGGGCAAAAUGAUUUCUCAUGGAGUUAAACUUUCUCAGAAGCAACGAAAAAUGAUUGCAAUGACUACCAAAGAAAAUAAUUCAGGAACAAGUAGCAUGGAAACAGCUUUAACUGCUCCUUCAAAAACUCCGAAACCAGUGAAUGCAUGGGCAUCUUCUCUACAUUCAGUUUCAUCUAAGUCAUUCCGGGAUUUCUUAGUAGAAGAAAAAAAAUCUGUUACUGGUCACAGUUCAGGAGAUCAUGUCAAAAAAGUUUGUUUUAAAGGAAUAGAAAAUUCCCAGUCUCCAAAAGUUGAAAGUCCCUGGCUGUCUUCUUCAUUGACUGCUCCUUCCAUGGUAGCCCCCGUCACUUUUGCAUCUAUUGUAGAAGAAGAACUACAGCAGGAAGCAGCUCUUAUCAGAAGUCGAGAAAAACCCUUGGCUUUGAUUCAGAUCGAGGAGCAUGCGAUACAAGAUCUGUUGGUUUUCUAUGAGGCAUUUGGAAACCCUGAUGAGUUUGUCAUUAUUGAAAGGACACCACAGGGACCAUUAGCAGUACCUAUGUGGAAUAAGCAUGGAUGCUAAUUUGCUGUGGAGUUGAAAUGCAUUUUUUCAGAAAUCAUGAUUGUUAUAAAGAAAAGCUGUGGAAAAGAGUUCUUACAAUUUGGUAACAUCAUUCUAGAUAGAAUAAGAAAGGAUAUAAUUACUGAAGUUUAGGUAUUUAAUGUUUGUAUGAUUAAAAACAAAUGCCACAGAAUUGUGAUUUUAGUAACUUUAUGUAAAAAUGAGAGGAAAAACUUACUGGUUAAGAUUAAGUAGAAUUAUUUCUUCUGAACAAUCUUAAAAAAUACGAGUGAUUGAAGUGUAAAAUUUAAGAGUGAGGCAUUAAAAAUAAGUUUCCAUGAGAAUUUGAGAUAAAUAAGUAGAUUUUGCCAAAUGUCUGUUGUCACUCUUCUUUUUUUAUGUGAUAUUGAUGAGCUUAAAGUAGGAGCAUCAGCCAUUAUUUCUGAUCCAUUAAUGGCCAAAAUUUGUAUUCGCUACAGUAGUUGUUUCCAUUCUUGGGUCUUUUUUGAUCAGGCUAUCAUGUUCUAGGUCUGUUUAAAGCUUAGACUGCUCGAAUGCCAUAGUUUUUCAAUUUGUACAGCACAUUCUGCAUUAAACUACAGAGUCCAGUGAGAAAAGAAUAUGAUUACUAUUCUGAAAUGUAGUCCAAGAUAAUGGUUCCUUUAUAAAAUUUGGAGCCAUUGUGGGUUGUUUUUUGGUGGGGAGGGGAAACCUUAUAAAAGCCUGAUUGUGAGAGAAUCAGUUUCUCAAAAUGUUAAAAUUUUCCAAAAUAAAUGCUUAAUUAUACAUAUAAGAAUUGAAUAGUUUUGAAGACCCUUUACAAUAUUAUAUAAUCAGAAGUUCUCUGAGCCUGAGUUAUAUAAAUAGACAUAAACAUUGUUUCUUUACAGUAUGCUAUUUGUUUUUGAGUGGUUAAAAUUUUUAAAAACAAAUGUUAAAUGUGUGCUCUAGUAAACUAGACAGAUUGGGAAGGUUAAUCUUCUAGUUUCUGAAACAUAAUCGUAGGGGGACAUAGAGGCAAGUCACUGCUGUAAUUCAGUUGAUGGAAAUAUGGCUGAAAUUAACUUAAUACUUGAGAUUUAGCUCACCGAAAACAGUAAAUUUGUAAGCAAAUGUGCAAUAAAAAAUAAUCGAUCUAUUUUACUGCUAAUGUGUCUUUGAUAUACUAUAUUGACAUCUACCAUAGGAGGAAUUAUUAAUUAUUCCACCUGAUAUACAAUAGAUGUAAUAAGUUGAUGUUGUAUAUUCACUCCUUGAUUGCUUAAAAUAAGGCGGUUUUCCUAAGAUGCAUCUGUGAACAGUUUUAUGUUUGACUACAUUGAAAAAAAUGGAUUUUAUAUUGAAGCUGCAGUAAAGAGGCCUUCUGAAGUAA